GUGAUGAGUUGAUUGUAAGGGACUAUAUAGCUCAGUUUCUCAUCGGUAUUCGGUAGGCUUGAAAUGAAUGAAGUUUAGUUUUACUUUUCUCUGCAAUUUCCAUUUCUUAUUAGUUUAGGGUCCUAUUAUGUGGUAUCAGAGCCCAUCGAUUGGGCCGAUGGGGCAAGGGCCACCGGAGCUGUCUGUUGCGGCGGCGCAAUAUCGGGUUUCACCUGGUUUUGCUCCGACGAGAACGGCGGUGUUGGACGGCAGUUCUGCUCAACCUACUGGUACAUACACUGGUUUCUCUCUCUAUUCGCAUUCGUAUACACCACAGAUUCCACCACCGCAAUACUACCCACCAUCACCGCCUUCACAAUCGUUCACCCAAAACCCUCAAUUUCACACUCAGAUUAGUAGUAUGGUCGAUUCCACCCACUCCGUUUCCCCAAUCCAUUCUCAUAUGACCCAUUCCGUUUAUUCACUACCACAAACCCCUAAUCACCUCUUUUACACCACUUCUCAGCCUCUGCAACACCCGAGAAAUUUCCAUUCACCAUGUCAACAUCCUCCAACUCCAAGUGAAAUCUAUCAGCAUUACCCACCUACCCAACCCCAUUUUAUUCCCACAAACCAAUUUGCUCCUCCACCUCCUGCUUAUGAGCAACAACGUCCAAUUUCACUGGCACCUGACCGAGUACAUGAAAAUCAAAUGGACCCGAGGAUUUUGGAGAUGCAGGAUUCUUUUGAGGCCAUCCGCGCAAGGCAAUCCUCAUUCAGGGCUCAGAUUUUGGAGGAGCUCGGACAGUUGCAUUUGGGUCCUAAAGCUCCGGUUACUGAAUCGGCCUCGAGUCCAUUGAAGUUUGGGUCAUUACCUGCGGGAUCCGUCACUCUUACAGUAGCUAAUGGUUCGUCAUCAACGUUGUCGGCGUCAUCGAUAGGUAUACCGAUUUCUGAAAAACCCAACUUAAAACUUAGUCCUCAUGAAGUUACUUUGGGCUUGAAUAAGAAUUUUACCACUACUUUUGUUAAUGGAAAUCAUAGUGAGCACACUACUACAGCGGUGAUGGCUGAAGAACUUGUGUUAAAUGUUUGAUAAAAAUAUUGCUAGAGGUUUUACUGGAGUGGAAUUUUCUGAUAGUUACGGUAGUGAUGUUGCCACCAGUAUAGUGUGGAGGAAUGAUGCUCAACAUACUAGCUUUAGAGAUGGUUCUUCUGCAGGGUAUGGGGAAUUGGUAUCCCAUAAUCAUAAUUCAGUUGGAAAUAUAAGAGUCGAUUUCCAUGAGAGAGAGGAAAAAGAACUUGAAGAUGCCUAUGGUGAAGAUGAUAAUGAGGAUGAAGGGGAAAAUGACAGUACAGAGAGUUAUGUUGACGGUGAAAGUUAUAGUGAUGAUUUUCAGAGCGUUGAUGGGCAAAUUGUGACAGAUUCAGAUGAAGAAGUGGUUACUGAUGAUGAAGGAAGCAGACUAUGCAUUAAAAAAGAGGCAUUGCUGGAAACUAUGUACCAGUCCAAGGACCCCAAGAGCCUUGAUGAGGCGGAGAUGUUGGAGAAUCUGUUCAAUUGUUUGUGUGGUUUGUUGAUGCCAUUGGAGAACAGGGACAUUAAUGCUGGAAUCAAGGAAGAAACAAGUAGAAGAGAUGUUGGUGAUAGUUCCCUCGGUGCUGUUUCUUUGGAACCAUUGAAACUCACAAAGUUUGCAAAACAAGUCGCUGAGCAGCUAUUUGGCAGAGCUGAUAUACUGGAACUAAUUGCAGUGUGUGCAAUUUUUAUCAGUGCAUCUGUCCUAGUUGGAACUCAUGAUCAAUUAUUCUCAUAUUACAAAUCAAGCCUCAUGAAGCUUCUUAGGGAAUUGGCUCACAUCUUUGACAUUAAGGGUCAAAUGGAGAUGACAAAUAAACUUUGUGAGAGAUUGCUAAAGCAGAAGGAUCAGCAUCGUGACAUUGCCAGCAUAGCUAUGAAGGCUAUGGUUGCUGAAGUUUCUACUCAAUCAAGUGCACAGUCUAUUCUUGGGUCUAUUUUACCGCAGUCGAUAAAAGGAAGUACUGCCCGGGGAAUGAACACAGAGAUAAAAUGUGAAUGUCCUGAUAUCUUAUGUUAUGCCCUUCAUAAGUUUGGCGAUAUUAUGGCAACCGACCAUGAGCUGCUGUUGGGUGCUCUCUUGUCUCAGUUGAGCUCCAAUCAGAUAAACGUGGGGAAGAAAAGUGUGUCAUGCAUCGCAUCACUUGCUUCAAGCUUGUCAGAUGAUUUGUUGGCAAAAGCUACUGUUAGAGUUGUUCAACACUUGAGCAAUAAAGGCACAAAAUAUAAAAUGACUCAAACCUCUUUGUCUCAGGAUUGAGAAAAUUGGCCUCCGACAAAAACCUGCCACCUAUACACAAAUUUUGAAUGCUGGUGCUGGAGAGAUUUACAGGAUGGGAACUGUAUUCAACCAUCUUGUAACAUCAGGGCAGAGUGCAUAUUCUGGAGAUAGUUGUAUGCUUGUGCUAUUGCAUGUGUUUUGGCCAAUGCUAGAUAAACUUUUCAGGUCUGAGCACAUGGAAAAUGAUGGGAAGAAAAAAAUAUGUGCAAAAAAUCUACGGAAAAUGUGCUGCAGUACAUCUAUUUAAUUACAGAGGUGAUGAUUAUAAGUAGUCUAGUACAAUAUUGGAGUAGCUUAAAACAACAGGAUUGGUUGUAAUAAUAUUUUUACAGAGUUGCUCACCUAAAGGAAGGAGUGUAAGGAAGUACUGU